UGCUCAGAUCGCAGCUUUUCAAGGUCCAACACAGGGCUUUCUGCGACCGCCCGUGAUGGGAAACACGGCCUCUUGCUGCACCUCUUCGGCGGGCAAUGAGAAGCCGGAAGUGACGGUUGCGACAUCAGCUCCUUCGUCUACGGCGGAGGACGUGAAGCAAGCCUCAGCGGAGUCGGAGACGCCCCGCUGUGUGCUGCGUUUUGUGCUUCCAGAUGGCAGCAGCAAGGAGAUUGUCUUCACGCAAAGGCCUUUGGGCAUUGACUUCAGCCGCAGCCUUCCGCUGACCUGCAAGCGCCUGAAGCCGGACCUGCAGGGGGAGAAGAAGGAGGUGAAGAUUGGAUGGUGUGUCAGCCACAUCAACGACCAGCCCUUGCCUGUGACCUUCGAAGAGACGUUGGGGACGCUGACGAAGGCUGUGUCUGUGCUGCCGUCUGCGUAAUGAGGGCACGAGGGUGCCGGUGCGAUGGUGCGAAGGCGCGAUGCACGUGGCACUUGCGUGCGCGUGGCCAGCCGCGCGCAGGGGGCUCCUUGACGUUUUGCGCCACGAAUCAUUUUUUCUCCUUCCAAC